UGAAACUGUGUUCGUUCAUUAACAACACUGUGUCUAACUGUAUGUCUCGAGCCAACAUGGACGAAUAGAAAAAUAGCGACGAGUUUUUAAAUGUUAGCUUGUGUUGUGUUGAUAUGUUAGCCCACGGUGCACGGCUUCACCGCGGUGUUGUGCAGCGAAGUUGAGCCCUCUAAAUACGGGAUUUGGUGGUGGAGGAUUUGGCUAAUAUCAUUACAGUUUGAAAAAAUGAGCAACAUCCCCCUCUCUCGCUCCGAGGUGUUUGGAGAGCUGAGGCAGGAGCUGUACGAUGAUGAGGAGUUUCAUCAGACUGACGUUCACGUCUUCUUCAUCAUGGGAGCAUCGGGGGAUCUGGCUAAGAAGAAAAUCUACCCAACUCUGUGGUGGUUGUUCAGAGACGGCCUCCUCCCUGAGCAGACGUAUUUUGUAGGAUUUGCUCGCUCUAACAUGACAGUAGAUGCAAUCCGAGCUGCUUGCUUGCCAUACAUGAAGGUGACGGAUACAGAGGCAGAGCGAGUGUCGGCCUUCUUCAGCAGAAACACGUACAUCAGCGGGAAAUACGAUGACGCAAGUUCCUUCUCUAACCUCAACACGCACGUCUUGUCUCUGCCUGGAGGACCCAAGGCAAACCGUCUUUUUUACCUGGCCCUGCCACCCACCGUCUACCACAAUGUUACAGAAAACAUUAAGCACCACUGUAUGAGCACAAAUGGGUGGAACCGGGUAAUAGUAGAGAAGCCAUUUGGACGAGACCUUCAGAGCUCUGAGGAGCUGUCGGCUCACCUCUCCUCCCUCUUCUCUGAAGACCAGAUCUACCGCAUAGAUCACUAUCUGGGCAAAGAAAUGGUGCAGAAUCUUAUGGUGCUCAGGUUUGGGAACCAGAUUUUUGGGCCAAUCUGGAACAGAGACAGUGUGGCCUGUGUCGUCCUCACCUUUAAAGAACCGUUUGGCACUCAGGGACGAGGGGGCUACUUUGAUGAUUUUGGCAUCAUCCGUGAUGUCAUGCAGAACCACUUGCUCCAGAUGCUCUGUCUGGUUGCCAUGGAGAAGCCAACGUCCACCAGCUCUGACGAUGUCAGGGAUGAAAAGGUGAAGGUGCUGAAGUGCAUCUCUCCAGUGACCAUGUCAGAUGUGGUGCUGGGCCAGUAUGUUGGGGAUCCUGACGGUGAGGGAGAGGCUAAACAAGGUUACCUCGAUGAUCCCACAGUUCCCAAAGGAUCAACACAGGCCACCUUUGCCACCACUGUGAUCUAUGUGCGCAACCAUCGCUGGGAUGGGGUUCCUUUCAUCCUUCGCUGUGGUAAAGCUCUGAACGAGAGGAAAGCUGAGGUGCGGCUGCAGUUCAAAGACGUUCCGGGAGACAUUUUUGCGAAACAGUGUCACAGGAAUGAGCUGGUUGUGCGUGUGCAGCCCAAUGAAGCCAUCUACGUCAAGAUGAUGAGCAAAAAACCCGGCGUGUACUUUAGCCCAGAGGAAACUGAGCUGGACCUCACCUACAGGAGUCGAUACAAGGACGUGAAGCUUCCUGAUGCUUACGAGCGCCUCAUCCUCGACGUCUUCUGCGGGAGUCAGAUGCACUUUGUACGCAGUGAUGAACUACGGGAAGCAUGGAGGAUCUUCUCGCCUCUCCUCCACCAGAUAGACAACGACAAGCCAAAACCGGUUCCGUACAAAUAUGGGAGCCGAGGCCCAGCAGAAGCAGACGAGCUUUCAAAGAGAGUUGGAUAUCGCUAUGCCGGCACGUACAAAUGGGUCAAUCCUCACCGAUUGUAGAAGGGUGGAGCGUCGGGAUAGUAGGAAGGGUGGGGUAGUGUCAGCGAGUCAUGUCAUGUUUUAGUAUUGGAGUGCCUUUUGAGGAAGAAGAGUGUUCCACGAGGUGAAUCCAUCACAUUGGCAGCAUAACAAGAAGCUAUUUGAAGAAAACAAACAAAACAAACUCAGGUGUAGCAGAUAUUCCAUGGUGCCAGAUCAUCAAACUGUUUUACAUUAUACUACAAUGUUUUGGUACUCUCUGUUCUCCAUUAAUUCACAGCAGCUUACCUAAUUUUAAUUUAAAGGUUGGAUCAAGUGAGUAGCAAAGAGAACAAAAAAAUUCAGGAUGUUUAGGAAAAGCUUUAAGUGGCUCUGUGCUACCGUCUCUGCUUAAUAGACCUUUAUUUGUCAGGAUGGUUUAAUGGACGGCUAACGAGAACAGAGUGCAGUGACAACAAAACAGUCUGAGUCUGCACUCUGCCAAAGAUGGGAGUGGAAGUGGACAGAGCAGAGACGAUGAUUGUCCACCUGUUGUCGCGCUUAUUAACCAUUUGAUUAUAGUACCUUUUGUGCUUUGGCUGCAUUUACUGAUCUUUAAGCUUUGCUGACAGGGAGUUGAAGUUAUUUAUACAGCUUGUAUUACUGGAUGUUUCAUUCCUCCACCUGGGACCAAGGAGAAGGUGCAGUUUCACUUUAAAACAUUUACACUGAAAUAGUCUUAUCUUAUCGUGUCAUUCUGGACCAGGAAAGUUGGCUUUUUUGUUUUGUUUAGUAGCCUCCCUCUCAACUAGUCCCUUAUUGAUAUUUAGCAAAGUUUAAUUUUCUCUUGUUUUCCUUUAUUUCAUAGACAGCAGUCAUCUCUGUUACAGGUCAUCAGUGAAUGUCUUUUGUAAGGUCCAACUGCAUACUAUUACUGUUAACUGUACACUAAUGUUAAAUUAGCUCUAUUUCCACAACUUGUAAUAAACAAUUUACCUUG